AAGCCACCUCUUCUCUGCCCUCUUCUGUAGUUUUUGGUUUUUUUUUUUCCCCUAAAUUAAGCUCUUCUAGGAACAAUGUCUAGCACAUUCUUUGUGGCUUUGUUCUACUCUCUCCUCCUCCUUGCACCUCCCACCAGAACAAGUCAUGGGGCCAUGGUCGCGGGUGCUGUGAGGCCUUCGCUGGGAUCGAAAUCCAGUGAUACUGUUAAGUUUAAGCCGAAAACAGGGGAUGGAUCGUAUCAUCGUUUGGGUGAUGGGAAUGUGAAGAACUGCCUGCCAAAAGGGUUUCACUAUUCUUCUGCGCCUAGCCGCUACAUAAACGGGCAUACUUUCGGUUCUGUUGCAUGUUCCCCAGGCACGGAUGUGGCUAGUCCAUGACAAAAAAUAUAUGUACGUGGUAGAAUGUUGGGGACCGGCAGAUCGGUCUUAUAGUUAUAUGAAUAUGUGAUGAAUUAAGAAAACGGGCAUGCAAGUCUACACCAAUAUAUAUAUAAUUGAAUAAGCUUUGGAUUAUAAU